UUGAGACUAUUCGUGUAGUUCAUGAGGAGAGAAGAAAGAUUUUGUGGCGAAAACGUGUCUCAAUUGGUUUUGCUGCGACAUUCUUGCAACGGAAUGGCGGCAAACAAGGGACCAAUUCACGUGCUCUGCAUUCAUACACACGACGCACUAUUUCAAACGUAGAAGCCAAAGCCGUGCACUCAGCACUGAGCACAUCAUGCCGCGUAAGAAACGUCAAGAAGUAAUGAUGAACCAGCAGAUGGGAGCCGAGGAACAAGAGGCAGCUAAUUGCCUCCUUCAGCUUGCCCAGAAAAGUGCAUCAACUUAUCCUGCUUAUUCUGGGACGUUGACGGAAGGCCCUAAGAAGAGAGGCCGGAAACCAAAGUUGAAGAGGAGUACGCCUCAGUUGAUGAAGAAAACGCAGAAGGUCUACAAGAAUUACAAAAAGCUAUACAAGAUGCCAGACACACUGCAUUCGGUUGACAGUGCAAUACAAAAGUUGGACUGGGAAAAACCUUUUCCAGGAUUUGACCCCAAUUAUAGCAGUUUUUCAACAAACACUUGCCUUGAGGCGCCUCCUUCGCCAGAAUGGACACUUGAAAAGAAGAUAAGCAAACUUCGUAUAAAGAAGAGUUCCGAGAGUGCCUGUUGGUCGUCUCAUGUGGUCAGCAAGGAAGACCCUGUAGAAAGCCCUUCCGGGGGCACUGCUUGUUGCCUUGACCUAUCUUUUGAGAACACCUACACACCAGCCAAUUCUAGCUUGGACAGCCUUCCUGACAACUGUCUACCUUUCAAGAAGAGAAAAUUUGACUGGGCUGGAACAAAAAUUGUAAAACAAGAAUCAGAACCUAGUUCUAAAACUGACGCACCCAGAGACCAUUGGGAGCCUUCAAUUCCAGAGUUUUUGUUGGAGCAAACUGACUCCGAUCUAGCAGUAGAGGAUCAGACUGAUGGUUCCCCUAGAAAAAUGAAUAUUUUAGAACAGGCGUGCUUUGAAGCUGGUAUUGAGAAAUGUGAUGAUUCUGCAUCGGAUGACAUCGAGGUGCUGUCAUAUGUGAACAACAGGAAAGAGGUUCAACCCUUACCAACAGAAAAGUUGGUUUUUGAAACCCAGGAGGUCAGCGUACUCUCUACCAAGCCAGUUUUGCAGCAAUCACUCCUUAUUCCACCUGCUCUGAACAUUGCUACUGCAGUUUCUGUGACUGCACCCUACACACAGACUGUUGGCCCAGCGCCAAAUGAACUUCAAAACCAAUGGCCAUGCGGCCAGGUGCCUAUACCCUCGUUCAACACGUACCAGCAACCACUGAAUUUGUGUAACAGACAAGGACUGACUGUUGUCAGUGCAGAUGUUACAAUUUGCAAAAAUGCUGCUGCAGCUCUUCCUCCGCCAGUGAGCUAUCCUCAGUUAACCUCGCGAGUGUACUUUCGUAUCCUGUCGGACAGUUGGCGCAUAUUGCCCAAACUAAGUGUUUACGAAAUGGAGCCAUUCAAGUUUGAAGGGCCAUUUUCCAGUACCAGCAGAGUUGGCACUUUUGUGCUUUUCCACAGGCAACGCUCCGAGACGAAGUCGUUGCACUUUCUCAACAAAUUUCCUCAGUACUGUGAAAUUAAAUUUGAGUUCCUCCACACUCACAUUAGUCCGACGAGUGUAAUAAGUGAGGUGGAUAGGAUCGCUUUGCCAGGACACAUGGUCUUUCAGCCUACAACUGAUGACCUCUUUGCUAGCAAGGAGAGUUUCGAGAUGCUCAAAGGCUACUUUCCUGGAAGUACGAUGUUCUGCGUGCAGGAAAACCAGAAGCUGGUUGUGAACAAGGUUGCUGUUUCUGAGGUCAAUGAACACAGUGGAGCUGUCCACAUUAAGGUAUAUGCCUUCUCAAGUGUGCUCUUGGAUAAAGCUUUCCAACCAAUGGAGAAGGUAUAUGAUCCAUGGUUCAGCAAGUCGACUGACACGGUCGAGGUUUUCAGGCUAACUAUGCCAGCCUGGAUGUUCUUCAGCAGGGAAGUGAUCAGGUUGCACAGUGUUUAACUGUGCAAUUCUCCAUAACUUUAACCUUCCUUUCCAUUCUUUUGCAUAAGUCUAUCCUUUCAUUUUCCCCCCAAUAAAAUAUUCAUCCUAAAAAUAAAUCAAUUCAUGCACAAUUUUUGGUUUGCAAUUGGCUGUGUUUACAUGGUCUUAAAAAAUUUGGAAAUAAAUUAUUUUCUAAUAUUUUUACGUAUGUAGAAUAUUGCUUCUUCAGUAGAUGUGCAAAAAACUUCACAUUUCAUGUUACACUAUAUACUCCAUAGUCUGUGCUUUGUUUCAUAAUUUAAACCCAUAAUUACGCACUUUACUUUUCACACUAAUCGUCAUUUUUUUUCUCACAAUGAUAUCAAACAGCUUUAAUUGAAAUUUGUAAAUUAAUUUCUUGGACGAUAGAAAUGGAAAUAAAUUUCAUUUGUGCACCAAUAACAAAUUAUGCAAUCUCUUAUAGUUCAAUUCGAUCUUACAAUUAGGAUGAUAAUAUAAUGAAUUAAUGUGUUUAUCAAAUUAAAAUUGCUUUCAUA